AUGGCGGCAUCCACAUUUGGGAACACUCUCGAUGCCGUCUCCACCAAUCUGCUUCGUCCCCUAAAUCUGGGAGCCUUAAUAGCGCUAUCCCUUCGCCACUUACCUGCGGACCUUACCCUCUAUUUUUUUCUGUCGGAAAGAUAUUCCCCGUACAGGCCACCAUUUGCCGCGAACCAAGACUCCGACCAGCAGAGCCGAGGAAAGGACAACACGGACGCCAAGGAAGCUCCAGGAGAGCCAGUCCCCGCCCCUCAUCCCGCCCCAGCACUCCCUCUCUCUUCUCCACUAUGGACAGAGGAUCCCCUGAGAAUCCUGCUGGCCACAUACCCAGCUGACAUGGGGUCCAUCAGAGCCAUGCUGCUAUGCUCAGCUAUCCUGGGUUUACUUCUGCUCCAAGGCUACAACUUCCAGCCCACAACAAUACGGACCUCUCAGGAAGUUCCACAGAAGGUCUCACAGGGCUCUGUGGUAUCCAGUAAGCCUGUAAUGCCAAGGUCAAGCACUGUGGAUGACCGUUCUCCAUCCUUACUGGGCCUGAUGUCACCCCAGCCGCAAAAGCUCACAUCAGGACUUGGUACAAGGGCCCCAGAUGGUGGUAGCAGCAGCAGCAGCAGCAGCAGCAGCACAAGGGGAGAAGCACCUCUGAACGCUACACCCAGUUCAGUCACCACAAGCCCAAGGACAAGGGAAGAUGUGACCAUCCUGCCCGGUCCCACAUCAACUCUGACUCCAGUGAUCACUGUGGCUGCCUUUGGUGUUAUCAGCUUCAUUGUCAUCCUGGUGGUUGUGGUGCUCAUUCUAGCUGCUGUGGUCAGUGUAAGGUUUAAGUGCCAGAAGAAUAAGGAGUCAGAAGAUCCACAGAAGCCAGGGAAUUCAGGACUAUCUGAAAGCUGUUCCACAGCCAAUGGAGACAAAGACAGCAUCACCCUCAUCUCCAUGAAGAAUAUCAACAUGAACAACAGCAAAGGCUGCUCCUCAGCAGAAAAGGUUCUUUAAAAGUGACUUUGAGUCCCCAUGGGUCCAAGUAUGAUGCAGCUAUCCAGUGACUAUGAGGAGGAAGAGAUGAGAUUGGAGGAGGCAACAAAUCACAUAUAAACUAAUUUUUGUAUAUGCUCCCAGCUCUAAAGGACAUUGCCUUCCUCUAGAUCCAGGAUCAAGCUGUCUGUAUGAGACUCCUUCCCACAUGGAAGUCACUCUAGAAAUAUGGCCUGCUCCUUCACCUCCUCAGAACCUCAGGAAUGAGGAGUUAACAGAGUAAGCACCAAGGAAGAGACAAUGAGGUAGACUGAUCCUUUCUACUUGCAUUACAAUUAUUUUCUGGGGCUGUAGAAAUGGCUCAGUGGUUAAGAGCACUUACUGCUCUUGCAAGGCACCAGGGGUUCUGUCCCCAGCAUCCAUAUCCAGUGACUCACAGUCACCUGUAACUGUAACUAUAGCUCCAGGGAUCUGGACACCUUCUUCUGGCCCUAAGGGCACUACAUGUAGGUUCCCAUAAACUCACACAAACACACACAUACAUGUAAAUAAAAAGUAAAUUAAAAAAAACA